UUAAAGAUGGCGGCCAGAAAGCGGCGGAGCUGAGAGGGCGCCGCGAGGGGCGAAGAGGGGAGACGCAGCUUCUGGCCGGGACUGAGGAGAGAAGGCGUGGGAAGGAGCGGGCUCCGGCGCUCAUCCCAGCCCCUUUUCUCCCCUGGACUGGCUGCCACGAGCGAGGAGAAAGACCGCGGCGAGGCCGGAAAGAGCGGCAGGGACGCGCCGGGCCUCGGGCAGGUUGAAAGAAGAAAAGGACACCUGCAUUUGGCCAGUGAAGAUGCGGCUUACUUCGACGCCAGCUAUUUAAGCUGAAUGCAUUGUGAUUUCCAGUAAUUGAGACAGUGAUUCUGAAAGCUGUCUACAUUAAUGAAAAGAACAAUGUAGUCAGCUUAAUUGAGUCAUCAGUGUUGCAGAUUGACAGACCCGAUCCUGGUGGACUUCUUCAUGUUAGGGAUAGAUUUCUUUGCCUUAAAAAAAUUAAACCCUUUUCUUUUCUAAGUUUUAAUUAUGGAGAGUUCUGAGAAUGCACCUCCCCUUCCAAAAGAGCCGGCAACCGAAGUGAAUGUGGAGACUCCCUCCUGUCCCCCACCACUGCCUCCUAAUGAACAGCCUCCACCACCUCCCCUGCAAACGUCCAGUGACGCAGAGGUAAUGGACGUUGGCUCUGGUGGUGAUGGACAGUCAGAUAACCCUGCUGAGGAUGCGCACACUGCCGGCGGAACACAGCUUCUCACAAAGGGAUCUUCCUGCUACAAGAGCCGUCUUCUCAUAGAAUCUAAUAGUGACCAAAGCCCAAGAACGGCUCGCCAUGCGCCUUCCGUUAGAAAAUUCACCCCAGAUCUUAAGUUGCUUAAAGAUGUAAAGAUCAGUGUUAGCUUUACAGAGAGCUGCAAAAGUAAAGACAGGAAAGUUUUGUACACUGGAGCCGAAAAGGAUUAUGAGGCAGAUUCAGAUUUAGGUGUCAAUAAUGUCAAUGGGGGUGUGCAUGCUUGUCCUCUUUCUGGGGGUAGUGAUUGCCAGGCGGCAUGUUUAGCUGGUGAAAAUGAGGACAAAAAGGAGGAGGACAAUGAGGUAGAUCAGGAAAAAAGAGUGGAGUAUGCAGUUCUGGAUGAUUUAGAAGAUUUUACUGACAAUUUGAUGGAAAUAGAUGAAGAAGGAGGGUUUACAUCUAAAGCAAUCAUUCAGAGAGACAAAGUGGAUGAAGAAAUUUUAAACUAUUCAUAUGAGGAUGAAUUUGAUAAUGAUGUGGAUGCUCUGCUGGAAGAGGGCCUCUGUGUUCCCAAGAAGAGGAGAAUUGAUGAGAAAUAUGGAGCAGAGAGUGACCAUCAGUCUGAUGGAGAAACAAGUGUGCAGCCAAUGAUGACCAAAAUUAAAACUGUCCUUAAAAGUCGUGGCCGCCCCCCAACGGAGCCCUUGCCUGAUGGAUGGAUCAUGACAUUCCAUAACUCAGGCAUUCCUGUAUAUCUCCACAGAGAAUCCAGAGUAGUUACCUGGUCCAGACCUUAUUUCUUGGGAACGGGAAGCAUCAGGAAACAUGAUCCUCCUCUGAGUAGCAUUCCUUGUUUGCAUUAUAAGAAAAUGAAAGAAAAUGAGGAGAGGGAACAAAGCAAUGACAUCACCCCAAAUGGGGAAGUAUCGCCUGUUAAGGUAUUGGAUAAGUCCUUGGAAGUGGACUGCCAGGCAGAGGAACCAGACUCCACGGCUGCUGAUUCUGGGAAUUUGGAAGAGAGGGAGACUUCUGCGGGAGAUGCAGCACAAGGAGCUUUAGGUCAAGUGAAGGCCAAAGUUGAAGUGUGCAAAGAUGAAUCAGUAGAUCUUGAAGAUUUUAGACACUACCUUGAAAAGCGUUUUGAUUUUGAACAAGUAACUGUAAAGAAGUUCCGAACCUGGGCUGAGAGGCGACAGUUCAACCGUGAGAUGAAGAGGAAACAGGCAGAAUCUGAGCGACCCAUUUUACCAGCCAAUCAAAAGCUUAUUACCUUGUCUGUACAGGAUGCGCCCACCAAGAAAGAAUUUGUUAUUAAUCCCAAUGGGAAGUCUGAAGUUUGUAUCCUGCAUGAAUAUAUGCAACGAGUCCUGAAAGUCCGACCUGUUUACAAUUUCUUUGAAUGUGAGAACCCAAGUGAACCUUUUGGAGCCUCUGUUAUUAUUGAUGGUGUCACAUAUGGGGCAGGAACUGCAAGCAGCAAGAAACUUGCCAAGAAUAAAGCUGCUCGAGCCACACUGGAAAUCCUAAUUCCUGACUUUGUGAAACAGACCUCUGAGGAAAAGCCCAAAGAUAGCGAGGAACUGGAGUAUUUCAACCAUAUCAGUAUUGAAGACUCACGGGUAUAUGAGCUGACCAGUAAAGCUGGACUUUUAUCUCCAUAUCAAAUCCUUCAUGAGUGCCUUAAAAGAAAUCAUGGCAUGGGUGACACAUCCAUAAAGUUUGAAGUCAUUCCUGGUAAAAAUCAGAAGAGCGAGUAUGUCAUGACGUGUGGGAAACAUACUGUGCGUGGCUGGUGUAAGAACAAGAGAGUGGGGAAACAAUUGGCUUCUCAGAAGAUCCUUCAGUUGCUGCACCCCCAUGUCAAAAAUUGGGGCUCUUUAUUGCGCAUGUAUGGAAGAGAGAGCAGUAAGAUGGUCAAGCAGGAGACUUCUGACAAAAGUGUGAUUGAACUUCAGCAGUAUGCCAAAAAGAACAAACCAAAUCUCCACAUACUGAAUAAGUUACAGGAAGAAAUGAGAAAGCUGGCACAGGAAAGGGAGGAAACCCGAAAGAAACCCAAGAUAACAAUUGUAGAAUCCGCUCAGCCCGGCAGCGAGCCCUUGUGCACUGUUGAUGUGUGACCACGAAGCGUAAUCAUUGGGGAGCAAUAACACAAGCGAAGGAAACUAGCUUUCCCGACACCUUAAGAAAUCGAUUUUUGCCUCUGAAUGCAAAAUAACAAUCCAAAACAGCUUCAGAUAUGCAUUGUUUGUUUGCAUCAUUAGGGCAAUAGUACUGAACUUCACCUUUUGUUAAUCGUGUGCAUUUAUUCAAGGGAAUAAUCAGUGUGUGGGCCAGGCUUGUUGGCACAAGAGAAGCAUUAACUUGCCCUUUUCUUCCCCUUUCCCCCCGCCCCCCGCAGUAUCCAUGCUGUUUCUAAUGGAUGUGCCUGGAAUUGAUUACAAAUGUAUAACAUAGGAAUAUUACUGAACACUUUCUUGCGUGGUUAUGCUGACAAACUCCCCCACUCCCUCACCCGUAUAUAAUAUGCACUGUAAGACACUUUCGAUAGCUACGUUUGGGGGGGGGGGGGAGUGUUCCUUAGCGUCACGAAGGUUAAGCCAGUGAUAAACGUGAGCAGUCAUAGGAUUUUAAAGAACUAUCCUGGCACGCUAACCUCCUUUAGACAAUAAAAUGAACACGUGGCAAUAUUGAGCACCAAAGUGUCCCCCCCUUUAAUUAUUGGGUCUCUUUCCUUUCAAAUGCAGGAGUGAUGAAUGUUUACGUGCAAGGCGAACGAAAGAGUAGGCUCAAUGCAGUGGACCUUGGGUUCUCUGUAUAGGAGAGUCUUCCACAAAAUGCACCAGAGUCAGUGCAAUGGAUGGAGCUGGGAGACAUCUGGAUGGAUGAGGUGUAUCCCCUUAUCAUUGCCCCAGGGUUGUAGAAUGAGCUGUUUUCCUUAAGUAAUCUCCAGCUCUGCUCCCAAGUUCCUUGCCUUUCCUCAAAGGCUUUAGUUCACGAAUAGGUGCAUUUUCAACCACAGUUUUCCAUCCCACUGAUGUCCACUGUUGCCCUGAACUAAGGUUCACUCAUGGACAAAUGCUGCAAUUUACCGGAGUUUUGGCAGACUUUUUUUUUUAAAAAUCAUAGAAACAAUAUAAUUUCUUUACAAGCUAUCCAGAAUAUUUAGUAUUCAAAAUAAAUCAUAGGAAAGAAGAAAUAAAGCUGUAAGCAUCACCAGUAAGAAUAGAUUCUCAUAUUAGUCAUAGCUUUUAUGCAAGUGCUGUAUAUACUCAAAUAUAAGACGAGGCACCUAAUUUGACCACAACAAACUGGGAAAAGGCAUUGACUCGAGUAUAAGACAAGAGUGGGAAAUGCAGCAGCUACUGGUAAAUUUCAAAAAAUCAAAAUAGAUAACAAUAACGUUACACUGAUUUAUAUAAAACUAAUUUAAGUAGGUUAAAUGUUUUCAGGUAUUUACAUAAAAUUGUAAUUUAAGAUAAGACUGCCCAACUGAUUACCAUAUAUACUCGAGUAUAAGCCAACCUGAAUAUAAGUUGGCCAGGACCCUGACUCGAAUAUAAGCUGAAUAACAGAUCUGAAUAGCAGGAGAAGCACAGAUUUUCCAGCAAGGAAAAAGUGCCCCUCUGCUAUCUUGAUUAUUGUGUGCCUUCAAGACAAUUUUGACCUAUGGGGAUCCUAAGGGUGUCUCUCGCUGGGCUUUUCAAUGUGAUUUCACCAUCAUUGAAAUGGCAUGGAAUCAUAGAAUCACAGCGACCUGGUGGGCCAUCCAGUCCAACCCCAUUCUGCUAAGAAUCAGGAAAAUCGCAUUCAAAGCACCCCCGACAGAUGGCCAUCCAGCCUCUGUUUCAAAGCCUCCACCACACUCGGGGCAGAGAGAGAGUUCCACUGCUGAGCAGCUCUCUUUCACAGUCAGGAUGUUCUUCCUCAUGUUCAGGUGGAAUCUCUUUUCUUGUAAAUACGUAAGAUACACCUGCAAUUUGAAGAUGUACCCCAUUUUUAGGGAUAUUUCUAUAGGGAAAACCCCCUCUUAUAAUUGAAGAAAUACAGUCAUAAUUAAGCAUAAAUAAAUACUUCCCUUUUCCUUACAAGACAGCAGAUGCAAGGGUGAUGAAUCAUGCACUGAAGCUUUGGCUGGCCUUGCUUCGUAGGGGUUUGGACAAAUUCCUCGUGAUUUUUAGUGAUCCAUUUCUCAUCUCAAUCUUUUGGCAGCUAGCUCUGGAUGUUUAGCAUGGCGUUUUAGCAGUAUCCCCGCCUCGGUGGCCACAAUCCUGCAAUUGCCACAGCGUAGUGUAAGUAUCCAUUGGCAGAGUUACACUAGAUUUGCUCGACGCAGGGCUGAUACAAGACAGUACCGUUUCACAAUGGAUGUUCAGCUGUGGGUACUUUUCUGCCACUGCAGGCCCACUCUCAGCUGGCUACAACCAUUGUGCAAUGUCAACAUAACAACAAUGCAUGCGUUGCGUGAUUUACGCCUGCAUAUAUCACAAAAUGAUAUGUCUUCCAGUACUUCUUGUAUGCCUGCGGAAAUUAGUCUUUCCAGGAGUCCUAUCUACUUUAGGCAGUCACAGUUAAGCCAUAUCUGCCACGUUGUCUUCCCCAGAUGAUGUAUGUUCAGACAUUUCAUAGAAUCCUAGACUUAGACGAGACCCCAUAGACCCUGACUUUCUAGAGAGCAGGUUGUGCCUCCAUCCCACCCGAAAUGUCUUACAGCUCCACCCAGAGAAUGGGCAUUGGAACUCCAAAUGAGAGCCCAUUGGAGGUGCAAUGGAAGAAUCCAGACCCCACUUGCUCUUACGUAAUAUUAAAUCAUGUAUAUUGUCAUCCUUUUGGUGAAUUAUGAUGGGACAAGUCAAGAAUGACGGCAUCACCACUUAUUUAUAUGGUUCUUGCAGAGGUCAGAAUUUUGACAAUUGUGAUUCAAAACAAAAUUCUGACCUCAUCAUGUGUGUCUUCUGAUGCAGGAUCUUGGCCAUAAUGUACCGGAGAAGUGGUGAGGCCUUCCUCGUACUCUGUCCAACAAAUUCUGCUCCAGCAAUGUAUUUUGUGCUUUAUAAUGGGCAAAAGGGAGGGUAGAGCUGAACACUACAUAGAGAACCAGAGCACACAUUCCUUGCCUUUAUGAGUGGCAAUGCUCCUUCCAGAUGCUUCCAUCUUGCCACCCUGGUAAAUCCUCGUUGCCCAAUAUAUAGUCUUAAAAACCCUAUUCCUAGUGGAGGUUGGUAACACCACUGGGGUAAUUUGUGCGUGUCUUUAAAGCUUGCCACUAGUGAGUAGUUUCUGCUGUGCAUAUUAUUAGAAAAUAAACCAGGAGACGUCAGGGAGAUCUUCCAUAGGUUUUGCAACUAGCACUUCUAAUCCAAUACAAAAAAGAGCUAAACGUUUUAGAGCUGCAGACAGAUGUCCCUUUUCUGAAAUACCUCUGAAUAUAAUGUCUGACAGAGGACAUGGACGGGAAGUAAGGCAUCGGGGUAAUUGUUAAUUGCAUCUUUUCCAUUAUGUUAGUGAGCUACUUACUGUAUAUACUCAUGUAUAAGUCGAGGGCAGGUUUGGGGUCCAAAAUUAUGUAUUUUGAAAUGAUGUAUGGAUAAGAACGGGAUGGUUCCCUUUUUUUGAUACAGUACUCGCAUUGACCUGUGCAUAAGUUGACCCAGUUUUGAGGGGUUGUGUUUUUUACUAAAAGUUCCAGACGUAUACAUGAGUGUAUAUAGGGUAGUUAGAAAUGUGGAUUAACAUGAAGGGGGAUAUUUGUAAAAUGGUAAGUUAACCGUAGGCUACCUUUAAAUGCUUGGUAAGCCAAUUCUUUAUCUUCCCGAGGGCACCUUUCACCAUCUAAGAUGAAAUCUGGGAAACUGUAAGCUAUGGUUUGGGAUCUUAAGAGUUGGAAGGGAUCCUAAGGUCCAUCCAGUCCAACCCCCUUUCUCCUUGGCAGGAAAACACAACUGAAGCACCCCUGAAAGAUACUCAUCCAAUUGUUUAGAGAGAUCACCACCUUCCAAGGCAGCCUCUUCCACCCAAACUAUUCUUACAGUGAAAAAAAAUCCAUUGCUCUUCCUAAUGUUUUGGUGGAAUCUCUUUUUUUGCAAUUUGAAUCUAUUGAUGUGUGUUCAUGUGCUCUUUUUUAUAACAUCCCUUCAGAUGUUAAAAACACAUGCUCUUGACAGGUCACGCUCCUAGUCGGGUGAACAGAACUGCUUAGCAAAUGGUUGUUUCAAUUGACCUGUAUUUCUUAACACUCGGUACUGGAGUGCACAAUGUCUUCAUAGGAUAUUAUUUGUAAUAAACAAGCAUACGGGAAACCAAAUUCAUUGAAAUGCCUGAAGUGAUAUUGUACUGUAUUUCUCUUCUGAACCAGAGGAGGCAAAUUACUGGAACGCUCUCAGCUGUAAGCCUGUUUUUACUGUAUCAUGCAUAGCCUUCGUAGUCUUGGCAGGAACCGUGCGCGCUAACAUUGUGACUCGCAGCUACUGCUAUUUCGCUUCUUAGAAUUCCGGCUUCCCUCAGAACUUGCCACGCCCUGCAAAGCAUUUUCUCUUUUAGAACAUGAUUCAGUACAUCUCUCCGGAGGACAGGAUUUCGAGUUCAUCACUGUUCUAAAUGCACUGCCCCUGUCUGGCUUAAGUCUGUAUCUUUCUACAUAACUGAUGCAAUACUAAAAACGUUACAGGCUUCCCUGACUUUUUGAAGGUGUUUACAUCUGUGUAUCAGUUCAUAUUUGCAGGAAAUAAAGUCCUUUAAUGGUAACUAAUUCUUCCCACUUCGAAGUGGGCAAGACUCAGCCCUGUAGCUGCAACUCCCAUCAUCCUUCACCAUUGUCUAUGCUGCCUGGGGCUGAUGGGAGCUCCAGUACAGCGCCUGGAGGGCUGCCCUUGGCCUGCUUCUGUUUGAUACAUCCUCCCCUUCCAUACAACUCUCUGCUGGAUUGGAAUUAUUUUGCCGGCUACCUGCAUAAUAUCCAUAGAUAUUGAUGCCCUCCUGACCACCUUGCUUUAGUUUUACCUCAGUCGGGCAAGAUAGAAAUCCUGCAGAGAUGACCACUGCCCUUAAAAACAUCCAGAUGUGUCACUAAUGAACCAAAGGCUAGUACAAAAUUAUGCAUUCUUUUACAAAAACAGAUUGACACGUUGUGCUGCAGCCUCUUUGGCAAGAUGUUUAGACAAUGCGCAAUAACUGCUGGAAUAAAUCAUGUAACUGCUGUCGUCACUGUGAAGUAUUUUUUUUGUAUUUCUGAUGUUUACUAUUGUUUGAGGUGUAAACAGUCAUGCAUUUGCACAUAAGCACAAGCUGCUGUGAUAUAGCAUUAACUUUGGCUUCUGCAUGAAUACUUCUGCAGUGUGAUUCAAGACAUCCAGAAGUGUGGUUCUUGUAACUCCCGUGUGUUUUUCUUCUAAUUAAUCGGCUGUAAUUGUUUAAAAAUCUUAACAAUGACUAAAGGAAAGCAUCAUGAAGCCCCUCUCCCCCUUCGUAGUGCACUACAUUCAUGUGACUGUAUUUCACUUAACAAGCAACUGUUCUGGUCUCUUGGAAAGCUACUUUACAAAUGUAUGUGUUGCUUGAAAACUGUAAGAUACUGACUUCUUUGAAUGUUUAAUCCUGAGUGGGAGUUACUAACUUUGGUAGAUCAGAUGCUACCCUUUUAGACUCACUAAAGCCCAGCCACUUUCAUGUUUGGCUUCCCAGUUGCUGGGGAGAUCCGUGAGUAUCCAACCAUCUGCACAUUUGCAAAAAUAUUUCCUUCAAGCCCCAUUUAUCUCUGGUAUUCUUGGUUUGGGUGGGAAAACUGGGGAAAUCUGUCUGUGGGAACAGUUCCAAAUUAAGCCCGUCUAGUCUGCCAUUUGGGGCAUCUUGCAGUGAUCAAGUACACUAUUGUAUUUUGAAAUAUGAAUGUGACCAACUUGAUGUUACUGGGUGCUGUAUGAAUUGUAUGUUGAGUGCACUUCCUUGAUGCCAGUGCUCGGUUUGUACAACUAUAAAGCCUCCUUCAUGAAGCCUCUGUGUUAAAGCCUUUCCAUUUCUUGUGUGUUUCCCAAAUAUUAGUUCUGAGCAAUAAAGUUUGAUAUUGCAUAACUGUAA